AUGAAGUUCUUUUCAACAUUCGUAAUACUCUCAUCAUGUGUCGCUGCUGUGUCAGCACACACAUCAAUGAUUUAUCCACUUCCACGAGGACACCCACAAAAUCCCAACGCUGCCGUAAAAGAUUACGACUGUAUUAUUGCGUCAAUAACUCCAGCUGGAAAUUGUACAAGGAAGUCCUUUCCGUGUGGUGGCUAUCCAAUGGACACCAAAAUCACACAAGUUUUCUAUGCUGGUGAUGUCAUCAAUGUGAAAUUUUGGACUUCGGCACUUCCCAAUGGUCCACAAUCAGGUUCCGAAAAUGAUAAUCAAUCAAGACAUAAUGGUGGACUUUGUGAAUUCUCUUUAUCCUACGAUGGGGGUGAAACCUACACAGUCAUUGCUACUUAUCAUCAAACUUGCCCAGAUAUCUUCUUUGAUUGGAAAGUAAAAAUUCCAAAUGCUGCUCCAUCAUGCGAUAAUCCCGGAAAAUGUCUUUUCUCUUGGUCAUGGAUAAACGCUAUAGGAAAUCGUGAAUUCUAUCAAAAUUGUGCUGAUAUUAAACUUGUUGGCAACAAUUCAGCAAAACCAUUACCAAUCAUUGAUAUUACUCGGGCAAACUUGCCACCGAAAUUCCCUGACAUUAUAACUCCACCCGGUGAUCCAGCUAAUACUGGCAACGGUAAAGAUCCGGCCCUUCCCUUUCCGAUGUUUCCGCUAAUAUGGCUCUCAAUAUUGGUGGAAAUAACGGUGGAAUUGACAUUGCUCCACGCGAUG